UCAGAAUCAAUAAAUUGAAGGAAGAUGUUGACAUGUUGUUUAAGACUUGCAGUAAUAGUUUAGAGAAAAUGAAGUUGGUGGAUGCAAUCCAACGCCUAGGAAUAGCACACCUCUUUGAAAUACAGAUAUGCACUGCUCUAAGUGACAUACAUGAAAAUGAACUCAAUAUCUCUAGCCUCCGCGAGGUUGCUCUUCGGUUCCGCCUUCUUAGGGAACAUGGCCUUUGGGUAUCUCCAGAUGUAUUCAAAAAGUUUAGGGGCGAAGAUGGGACCUUUAACGAGUAUAUAACAAACGAUCCAAAGGGACUCAUAUGUCUCUACAAUGCAGCAUACACGUUAACCCAUGGCGAGCCAGAACUGAAAGACGCCGUCUCUUUUGCAAGGCAUCAUCUAGAAUCACUGGCGUCGAGCCUUGGGUCCCCUUUAGCAGAGCAAGUCAAGCGUGCCCUUCAUGUACCACUACCAAGGACCUAUAGGAGGUUGGAGGCGCUGCACUACAUGCCAGAAUAUGAACGAGAAGAAGGGCACAGUCCAAUCCUUCUAGAGCUUGCAAAGCUGGAAUUUAACCUCCUCCAAGCUGUCCAUUUGAAGGAGCUCAAAGAAAUCUCCGAGUGGUAUAGUGAUUUUAAGGGAUACGUGGGGUUAAGUUUUGCUCGGGACCGUGUGGCGGAGUCCUACCUUUGGGGCUAUUGUGUGUUCUACGAGGAAGAGCACACACUCACACGAAUGAUCUUUGCCAAGUUAGUUAUUCUGCACACGCUGUUGGAUGACACCAAUGAUGUUGGUGCCACCUUGGAGGAGUACAGGAAGCUCGAUGCAGCCAUACAAAGAUGGGAUGAGAGCGCCGUUUCUCUUGUGCCAGGGUAUCUGAAGAAGUUCUAUAAUAAACUGCUAAUCUGCUUUAAGGAGUUCGAUGAUGAAUUGAGACUCAAUGGGAGAUAUUCAAUUGAUCACAUGAAGAAGGAGUACCAAAUUAUCUAUUUUUUCCAACAGCAGUCGAGUUGUUAUGUCCAAGAAGCUGAAUGGUUGCACAAAAAUCACAAGCCGGGGUUGGAAGAUAAAUUGUAUUUGGCUGCCAUGUCCCUAGGCGCGGUACAGCUAUGCGUGUAUAUGAUGGUUUGCUUGGGUAAUGAAAUGCCCAAGGGAGCACUGGAGUGGGCACUUGGAUACCCUGAUGUCGUCAUGGCAUGCGCCAAGAUUGGGCGCCUAAUGAACGACCUUGCUGCUUCAUCCAAACCCCGGGACAACAGGGACGUGGCCAACUGCGUGGAGUGCUACGCCGGUGAGCACAAGGUCACCGAAGAGGUCGCCUUUGCUGCCAUCGACUCGAUGAUAGAAGAUGAGUGGAGGACCACCAACCAAGCUCGAUUCCAACAUGGCCGUGAGCUGCUGCCUGCGGUGCAACGGGUCGUCAACUGCACUCUCAGUUGGCCGGUGUACUACGGUGAUAGGAAAGAUGCCUUCACCUUCAGCUCGCAUCUUGAAGACAUCAUCAAGCGCCUCUUUGUCAAGCCCAUUCCCAUCUAG